AUGUCGGCAUAUCGACUCAUGCCGUCAGCCUUAUAUCGUCGAUCCUUUGCAUCAACCACGGAUGCCACCGAUACUCAAAACUUGAUUGAAAAGAUCGUCCAAAAGUAUGCCCUUGAUUUGCCUGAAGGAUACAAGGUCAAGAGUGGUGAUUAUGUAUCGAUUCGUCCUCAUCAUGUGCUUACACACGACAACACCGGUGCUGUCAUGCCAAAGUUCAAAUCGAUUGGCGCCACCAAGUUUUACGAUCCCAAGCAACCUGUUUUUGCACUUGACCACGACGUGCAAAACAAAACUGAAAAGAAUCUUACAAAGUACAGCAACAUUGAAAAGUUUGCAAAGGAACAUGGAGUGGAUUUUUACCCCGCUGGAAGAGGUAUUGGUCAUCAAGUCAUGAUUGAAGAGGGUUAUGCCUUUCCACAUACCUUGACUGUGGCCUCUGAUUCUCAUUCGAAUAUUUAUGGCGGCAUUGGUGCUGUCGGAACACCCAUUGUACGUACCGACGCGGCUGCUAUUUGGGCUACGGGUCAAACAUGGUGGCAAAUUCCUCCUGUUGUCAAGGUGCAAUUACAGGGCGAAUUGCCAAAGGGUGUUACCGGAAAGGAUGUGAUUAUCAGCUUGUGUGGAUUGUUCAACAAGGAUCAGGUGCUUAAUACGGCUAUCGAAUUCCACGGUGGUGAAGUAUUAUCGGUUGAGGAUCGUCUUGCUAUUGCCAACAUGACCACCGAAUGGGGUGCCCUUGCUGGUGUCUUCCCUGUGGAUGAAAAGACCAUUGAAUACAUGCGUAAGCGUAUGCGUCGCAUCGCACUCACUCAUUUUGAAAACAAAAACUUGCCACCUACUCCCCCUGGUGAACCUUUUGUGCAUCCUCGUAUCAAUGAACAAACCAUUCAAGCUCUUGUUGACAACCCAUUGGAACCCUCUCCCAAUGCCACCUAUGCCAAAAAGCUCACCCUUGACUUGUCGACCCUCUCACCCUACAUCUCCGGUCCUAAUUCCGUCAAGGUGGCUACUCCUUUAGCUGAACUCGAAGCCCAAGAUGUCAAAAUCAAUAAGGCCUAUCUCGUUUCAUGCGUCAAUUCCCGUGCUAGCGAUUUGCGUCAAGCUGCUCAAGUACUCAAGGGUCAAAAAGUGAAGGAGGGCGUCGAGUUUUACGUUGCUGCUGCAAGCUCUGAAGUACAAAAGGAAGUUGAAGAAACAGGCGAUUGGCAAACCUUGUUGGAAGCUGGCGCCAAACCAUUGCCUGCUGGCUGUGGUCCAUGCAUUGGUUUGGGCACUGGUUUAUUGAAGGAUGGCGAAGUUGGCAUUUCUGCUACCAACCGUAACUUUAAGGGACGUAUGGGUUCAUUGUCAUCACUCGCAUACCUUGCCUCUCCUGCUGUGGUUGCUGCUUCUGCUGUUGCUGGCAAGAUCGCAUCGCCUAGUAGCAUUGAUGGCCAAGGUGCUCCUGCUACUCCUACUCCUACUCCCAAAUUCACCAUUGAGACAAUGACCCCACAAGCUGCUUCUACUGAUGAUGCUUCAUCCACUGCUACUCCUGAAGUCCUUCCCAACUUCCCUGCUGUGGUCAAGGGCGAGUUGCUUUUCUGCCAUGCUGAUAACCUCAACACCGAUGGUAUCUAUCCUGGCAAGUACACCUACAAUGAUGAAAUGACUGUGGAUGACAUGCGCAAGGUGGUGAUGGAGAACUAUGAUCCUGAAUUUGUCAACAUUGUCAAGCAGGGUGAUAUUCUUGUGGGUGGUUAUAACUUUGGUACCGGCUCAUCACGUGAACAAGCUGCCACUGCCAUCAAGUCGCGUAACAUUCCCAUCAUGAUUGCAGGCUCCUACUCUGAUAUCUUUAAGCGCAACUCUAUCAAUAAUGCCUUGUUGUUGAUUGAUUCCCCCGAGCUUGUUAAUGAUCUCAAGGAGCAAGUUGGCACGGAUAAACUUACGAGCCGUACUUCAUGGAAGGUGACCAUCCAUGUUGCUGAAGGCCGUCUCCAAGUUGAAAAGCCUGAUGGUUCUGAAAAGACAUACAAGGUCGGUGCUCUUGGCAAGAGUGUUCAAGAAAUUUGGCUUGCCAACGGUCUUGAAGGAUGGGUCAAGGAAAGAUUGUAG